AUGCAGACAGAAACAUUCUACUGGAAGCCGUGGGAGUGGUGGGUCGGCCCAUUCUACGGCGUGGUUCCGAACAGCUACAGCAUCGCGCACAUGAAGAUCCACCACCGCUGGCAUAACGACGUCGAUGACGUUCACACGAACCUGGAUCUAGAUCGGACGAAACUCUCCUCGUUCUUUAUCUACACGCCGCGCUUCAACUUGUAUUGGAUGGGCAUCAGCCCUGUGGCGCUCUUGGCGAAGCGGCGGGAAUGGGUCCUCGUCAGGCAGAUGCUGUACGGGAUGGUGACGUACUACGGGUUCACGCUUCUUCUUUUCCUUUGGAGCCCCACUUUCUGUGUCGUCUACUGGGUCUUCUGCCACCUCGAAGGGAUGCUGUUGCUCUGUGCCAUCUCCUACCUUUGGCAUGCCUUCGUCGAGGAGUCCGAUCCUGGCAACCAGUACGUCAACUCGGUGACGAUCCUCGAUGGCCACGACAACACAUUUAACGAGGAUUACCACGUGGUGCACCAUCAUUCACCUUCUACGCACUGGACGGACAUGCCGGCGCAUUUCGAGGCGCACAAGGAGAAGUAUGCCGCCGUCAAUGCCACCAUCUUCCGCGAUACCGAGGAAGGCAUGCUCAUCCAGAUGCUCUUCGAAAACGAUUGGGACGGAAUGGCCAGGCACUUCGUGGACCUGAACGGAAAGCUGAGCCAUGAGGAGAAGAGAGAGCUCCUCGUGAGGAGGCUGAAGUACGUUGUUGGACAAGAUGGCCGAGAUGGAAAACGGACGGAGUGGGGUUCGUCGGCCACCAUCCGAGACUAUAACGACUGA